ACUCUAUCUUGAAGGACACACCAAGCUCUCCAGCCCCGAACCUACCGUCGGACAUGGACCGACGAAACUUCCGGUCCGGGAUGACUUCUCCCGUUGGGGAUUUCGAACCGUUCGAAGAUGAGGCAGAAAUUCUGGGCGAUACUACGGUGCGUGAGGAAAUUUACGACGAGGAGGAAGCGGAUGGUGAGGAACUGUUCGGUGAUAACAUGGAGGCAGAUUAUCGUCCUGCACCGCAUCUCGAUCGGUACGAUAUGGACGAGCUGGAUACGGAAGAGUACAGUGACAUCUCGCAAACGGAUCGUGCCGCGGCUGAAGCCGAGAUGCGCCGGCGUGAUCGUGAGGCGGGUGUGCAUCGUGAUCAUCGGGAUUUGUUCUACGACAAAAGCGACGAUGAAGACGAAAUCCCACGGGCGAAACGGCGUGCAGCAGAAAAGGCGGCGGAACUGGGCACGGAAACGGAAACCGAUGCAGAGAUGGUGGAAUCGAUCGAAAAUCUCGAAGACACGAAGGGACACAGCAUUAAGGAGUGGGUUUCGAUGCUGGCACCGCGGACGGAAAUUUCGAACCGUUUCAACAGCUUCUUGCGCACGUUUGUGGAUGAGAAGGGCCAUUAUGUGUAUCGGGAACGGAUCCGACGGAUGUGUGAACAGAACAAUUCUAGCUUUGUGGUGUCGUACACGGAUUUGGCACACAAUCAGCACGUGCUGGCGUACUUUUUGCCCGAAGCACCAUUCCAGAUGCUUGAUAUUAUGGACAAGGUGGCAAAGGAGAUGGUACUAAGUCUAUAUCCGACAUACGAGCGCGUCACGAAUGAAAUUCAUGUUCGAAUUUCGGAUCUACCGCUGGUGGAGGAAUUACGUACGUUCCGCAAACUUCAUCUGAAUCAGCUCGUGCGCACGCUAGGAGUCGUUACUGCCACGACCGGUGUACUGCCGCAACUGUCCGUCAUCAAGUAUGAUUGCGUCAAAUGUGGUUACGUUCUGGGACCUUUCGUACAGAGCCAAAACACCGAGGUUAAGCCCGGUUCCUGCCCGGAAUGUCAAAGCGUUGGUCCAUUCUCGAUCAACAUGGAACAAACGCUGUACCGGAACUAUCAGAAGAUUACGCUGCAAGAAUCGCCAGGGCGCAUUCCCGCUGGUCGAAUCCCACGCAGCAAGGACUGUGUCCUGUUGGCCGAUCUUUGCGAUCAGUGCAAACCGGGCGAUGAGAUUGAGGUGACCGGCAUUUACACCAACAACUACGAUGGAUCACUCAACACCGAGCAAGGAUUCCCGGUAUUUGCCACGGUCCUGAUCGCAAACCAUCUGGUAGUGAAGGACAGCAAACAGGUUGUGGCUUCCCUUACCGACGAGGACAUUUCGACGAUUCAGCGUCUCAGCAAGGAUCCUCGCAUCAGCGAUCGUAUUACCCAGAGUAUGGCACCUUCGAUCUACGGCCACGAGUACAUUAAACGUGGUUUAGCUCUCUGUCUGUUUGGUGGAGAAUCGAAAAACCCGGGCAACAAGCACAAAAUCCGUGGCGACAUCAAUAUCCUACUAUGCGGUGAUCCCGGCACAGCCAAGUCACAAUUCCUGAAGUACACGGAAAAGAUUGCACCGCGGGCAGUAUUUACCACGGGCCAGGGUGCUUCGGCCGUCGGUUUGACGGCAUACGUUCGGCGCAAUCCUACCACGCGCGAAUGGACACUCGAAGCGGGGGCCCUUGUGCUCGCGGACCUUGGCAUCUGUCUGAUCGAUGAGUUUGACAAAAUGAACGAUCAGGAUCGUACGUCAAUCCACGAAGCGAUGGAACAGCAAUCGAUUUCCGUUUCCAAGGCAGGCAUUGUAACGUCGCUGCAGGCUCGCUGUGCGGUAAUUGCCGCAGCCAAUCCGAUCGGUGGGCGGUACGAUCCGAGCAUGACAUUCUCCGAGAAUGUAAACCUCUCCGAACCGAUCCUCUCGCGUUUUGACGUUCUUUGCGUGGUAAAGGAUGAGUUCGAUCCGAUGCAGGACAAACAUUUGGCUGAGUUUGUCGUCGGUUCGCACAUCAAAAAUCACCCAUCGAAGGCGGAAGAGAUCCCGGAUUCUCAACCGCAAGACACGAUGCAGAUUCCCCAGGAUCUGCUCAAGAAGUACAUCGUGUACGCGAAGGAAAAUGUACAUCCGAAGCUGACCAAUAUGGAUCAGGACAAAAUUGCCAACAUGUACUCGCAGCUGCGUCAGGAAUCACUCUCGACCGGCUCACUGCCAAUCACGGUGCGACACAUUGAAAGCGUUAUCCGCAUGUCGGAAGCACACGCGCGGAUGCACUUACGUGACACCGUACAGGAUGUGGACGUUAACAUGGCUAUCCGCAUGAUGCUGGAAAGCUUCAUCGAGGCACAGAAGUUCAGCGUUAUGAAAAAGAUGCGUUCCAGCUUCCAGAAGUAUCUGUCGUUCCAGCGGGACCAUUCGGAGCUGUUGUUCUUCAUCCUGCGCCAGCUAACGCUGGAUCAGCUGGCGUACCAGCGCUGCAAGGAGGGUGGUCGACGUGGCAAGGAAAAUAGCGGUGGUGAGCGUCCACGUACUACGGUGGUUGAGGUGAUGGAGAAGGAUCUGUCCGAACGGGCAAAGGCGAUCGAAAUCUUUAACCUGAAACCAUUCCUCGACAGUGAACUGUUUCGGCAGAACGGGUUCACGUACGAUGCUAAGCGUAAGGUGAUCGUACAGGUCGUACCGGAAGCGGCAGAACCUUAAACGAUCCGAAAACUUGCCGUUUAUUUAAAUGAA